UGUGUGUGUGUGUGUGUGUGUUCAAUAAAAAAGGAAAAAUUAACUUCAAUCGUCUUUUUCACGGAGUAACAAAUAACUGUAAAUGUAUUAUUAUUAUUCCAAAAAAAUGACUUACCAAAUGUCCACAUAUAUACAACAUAACCUGCCGGUAAGUCGCUCUACGAGAUGACCGACGACGACGCCUUCUAGCAGAGAUAUCCAUUUCAAGAGCCAUUCACGUAGAAAGAGAAUUUUUUUUAUUUAAUAGCAACGAUAACAAGACGGAAAACAGGUACAUUUUGCCGCCAUCUGGGGGGAGAUACGUCAUCUCCAAACAUCCGGUGGAGUUUCGGCGGCGUUCGGAGGCGUUCUACGCAUGUCUGUAGACCGUACUACACAGUCAAGUGUAGUAUGGUCAAGUAGUAGACACUAGACAGAAAUAGUAUGUACUAGGUAUUCGGAUGCAGCCCAGGUGUAUUUGAAGGGGAAUUGAUGAGCUGAUGCAGGCCAGGUGUGAGCAGCUGAGAGUGGCAGGCAAAGCACAGAGAUAGACAGGGGUUGUGGCCGACACAAGAGGAGAACACGCAGCACCACAACUGUGGCCAUGACAUAGUCACUCAAUAACCUCUCUUGAUUAUCUGUAGAGGACAUUUACUGAACACUUUUAAUGGGGAUAAAGAAGUGACAGUUAAAUAUCUGAAAAUGACAAGGUGCAUUUUAUAUAAUUAUAUUUGAGUUGUGUACUUGCAUUAUCCCAAUUGUUUCCAACAAUGUUCAAACCCAGAGGAAUGUAUUCAAGGCCAUUGUCCGUUAUAUUUUGUGAGGACACAUUUUAAUGGACUCAUAUCCUUUACCUACUAACUUCUGAGGAAACAGCAAUUCAGUAGAGAACAAAUGUAUUUGUAGGAUAUUUCAAUAACUAUCUAGCUUACUACUAUUCAAUACUAUGACAAUUGCCUCAUGCCAGCCAUAAGGAUAAUUCAAGUUUCCAUAUAUUUAUUGAAUUUGUAACAAAUUCAAUUAAAAGGGGUAAAAUAUUUUUUCAUUGUAGAGCUGCCUGCAGCGCGUUGAUUCUUGCUCUCUCACCAACACAUUGGACCACCUGUGUAUGGCCCCUCCAACCCUCCUCUCGUGCACACUCACAACAUGAUCCUGCGCCGAAGGAAGGAUUGUUGUUGGCCUUCCCGCUCGUAGAAGACGUCCGGUCAAAUUCCUUAAUAGAAUCAAUAGUGUGUUCAGAAAUAGGUGUUAGGGAUGUUUGAAAUAACCCAAAAUUUCUAAUAGCAUACGCAGUCUGAAUCUGAAGAAUUUAGGCACACUUUUUUUUGUAGCUCCAUUGGCCAAAUACUUUUUUGAACUGCUUUUUACCAUUGUACAGCUAGCGGGAAACGAGAGGCGUCCCCAGCUUAACUGAAUUUCAGUUGUGCUAUUGUUUAGGGAAGUGCACUUUGUAAUUUGUAUAAUUGAGUAGAAAUAUAUCAGAGUGAUGCUGCCCAUUGACUGAGCUUGGAAGCCCAUCACGUCAGCAGGCAAACACCGCUAGAAGCAUGGGACUCAUACCAAUGAUCUUUAGUUCAGCGUGUCAUUGCCCCCUGCAGCUACCACCACAAGUAGGAAUUUGCUCCUGCCGGAAACACUGUUGUGUGAACGAUUAUGUUAUAAACAAUGUUCAACUUUUUGAACAUUGUCUCGCCCAUUAUUGAAUUUGAGUGUGAAGUUCACUCAUUUAAUGGUACUUUAGCAAGGUAAUGACUUGUGUCUAUGUCAUUAGAAUGACAUUGCAUAACGUGAACAAACAAACUAUAAUAUAGAGCCCUUCAAGGCAAGGACACCAUAGGGACAUAUAGUUCUUCAUCAAAGCAAUCUUUAUUUCCCACUUCACAUUCAUGUGAACAUGAGUAUAUCUUAAACAACUCCAUCCCUUCGAUGUCAGGGUGAUAAAAUAAGCAGGGGUCACAUAGGUUUGGGUAUAGUUUUGUGCUUCCGCCAUUCUGUGAGGUCAGGUGUAUGUUGUAGACCCGUGGUUCCCAAAAUACACUUCCACUAAGAGCCUUAUAAGCUGUUAUAGCUUUGCCAAUAUCAAACAAUAUGUCAGUGCAACUGCAUUACAUUCAGUAUUUCCACAUUGGUUUUCAAUGUGUUGAACAUAUUUCCAAACGUAACCUCAGAGUUGCUGCAUUUCUAUUCCAGUAAGGAAGUAAGCGUGUAGGCAAACCAGUUUCUUAAAAAAAGGAUUGUGUGCAAAGAUGACUUCAGGAGUACAGUUUGUUGUCGGGGAUCUAAACAGUCUGAAUAUCCUGUAGUGUUCCAUUCCAAAAAUACUUCAAAAAAGCCUUUGUUUGCCAUUUGGCAGGAAAGGCAACCCGGCCCAAAUCAAACAGGCCUUCUUCUGUGAGAAACAGCCAACCGUAGCAUAUCCAGCUGCGUGUUUCCACUUCGACAACAAAUAAAAUAAAUGAAAAGCUCAAUGUAUGAUCUUGAUAGGAGUGAAAUAUAUUUAUUUAUUUAUUUUUAAUUCAUAAACAAUAUCCGACAUUCUGGGGACAGAAACAAUAAACUGUGCUUGAAUUCAUAAGCAUAACGGUCUGCAUUGUUAUAACAGAGUGCCCUGGUUCACCUUGAGAACAGCCAAUCCCUCCCUUUUUACCUCAUGAUGGUCACUCUUCCCUCUCUACCCUUAUAACCUCUCCCUCUAAUCUCUAAACGUUUAAAAGACAACGCAUUUUCAGAUGGGAGCAUUGAGAACCUGUUCAUAGACAUUUGACUCCCUUAUUGUUCACACAGCAGUUUGUAGAAUUGGUUUCCGAAAGACACAACUUCCAAAGUCUUGUUUUUUGAACUAUGAAGAUGGAAAGCAACUAUUUGCAUAGUCAUUGUUAACCAGCAGCAACCUCAACAUGAAGCCGUCAACCCUAUCUCUUGUUUAGUGAGUAGAAAAAAGAUCCAGCAAACAGCAUUUGACACUGAACUCAUGGAGACCAAAGAACAACUCGGGAUAUAAUAGAAAAGCCCCAAAAAAGCUAACAAUUUAAUAUCUCUGAUUUGAGCCAAACUUCUGAUUCAUCUUUCAAUAAUCUUCUCUAUUGUAUCCUCAGUUAGGCUUGUGCCACCCUAGCUCCCAACACCCAUCUCUCUUCUCAACAGUGACCCUCAUUGGGGCAAUGCCAGUUUUGCUAAAUGCUGAUGCAUCCUUUAGCUCCAAGCAGGAGCUCUUGGACCUGCAGGAUUGCCCCCAAGGCUCAGUGGACAACACCCCAAGCCCUUUGGACUCUCAGACUGUGAGCCCCAUAGAGUCAGGCCCUGGAAGUCUCAGACGGGAUCAUGGCGGCAUUCGGCCAAAAAUUCUCACUGGCACAAGCACACUCCGGCGGGAGAUCCAAACUGUGGACGGUAUCAUCAGUGUGGAGACCUCCAUGGGCUCCAAAUUCACCUCAGAGGACUUGGAUCCGCAGUGUGGCUGGGGGGCCCUGACUCACAGGACCCUUCAGGUCUUCAACACCCCUCGAUGGCUGCUGUUCUUCCUGUGCACCGCUUCAUUCCUCCAGGGCAUGAUCAUCAACGGCUUCAUCAACACAGUGGUCACCUCCCUCGAGAGGCGCUUUGACCUGCGCAGCUACCAGGCCGGCCUGAUUGCUAGCUCCUACGACAUCGCUGCAUGCGUGUGCCUUGCAUUCGUCAGCUACUUUGGUGGGACUGGCCACAAGCCUCGCUGGCUGGGCUGGGGAGUGCUCGUGAUGGCUCUUGGAUCGCUUGUGUUUGCCUUACCCCACUUCACCACACCCCCCUACCAGGUCAGCUUGCCCGAGCACACGGGAAUGUGCUCUGCCAACCGUACCGGGCCGUGCCACAACAAGGAGAGUACUGGGCUCUCCAACUAUCGUUUUGUAUUUAUGUUGGGCCAGUUUCUCCACGGUAUGGGGGCCACGCCACUCUACACAUUAGGGGUCACAUACCUGGAUGAGAAUGUCAAGUCAAGCUAUGCUCCUGUUUAUAUAGGGAUCUUCUACACAGCAGCCAUUUUGGGACCAGCCGCAGGUUAUCUGCUGGGUGGCUUUUUUCUCAAAAUGUACACUGAGACCCACCUGACUACAGAGCUAACUCCAGAGAACCCUCUGUGGGUGGGGGCCUGGUGGAUCGGGUUCCUGGCAGGAGGAGCAGCAACUCUGAUCAUUGCCCUCCCUAUCCUGGGCUAUCCUCGACAACUACCAGGCUCUCAGAAGUUAGCAGCCAUGCGUGUGUCUGAAGCUCACCAGAUUAAAGACGGCAGCAAUGCCACAGCCUCCGACCCACAGUUUGGUAAAUCAGUCAAGGACAUGCCCCGGUCUGUGUUGAUGCUCUUGAAGAACCCCCCCUUCCUGUUCCUGUGUCUGGCCGGCGCCACAGAGGCCACGCUCAUCGCUGGCAUGUCCACCUUCGGCCCCAAGUUCCUGGAGUCCCAGUUCAACCUCAGCGCCUCAGAGGCAGCCACAUGGUUCGGCAUCAUGGUGGUCCCGGCCGGCGGGGGGGGCACCUUCCUGGGGGGCUACAUCGUGAAGCGCCUCAACCUACGCUGCCGCGGUAUCAUCCGCUUCUGCAUGCUGUGUGCCCUGGUCAGCCUGCUGGCCAUCUUCAUCUUCCUCAUCCACUGCCCCAACGUGCCCAUGGCCGGGAUCACUGAGCCCUACCGCUCUGCUGUCCACCGCAGCCCCCAGUUCCAAUACCAGUACCCCACCAGUAACACCAGCAACCAGCCACUCACAAAUAGUUCUGACCUGGAGCCUGACAGCCUGCUCGCUGAAUGCAACUCAGGCUGCAGCUGUGCCCGGGAGCUGUACAACCCGGUGUGUGGGGGCGACGGCGUCAUGUAUUACUCUCCCUGCCACGCAGGCUGCAGCACCCUCCAUCACACCGACGCCACGACUGGGAGACAGGUGUACUCUGGAUGCAGUUGUGUGCUGAACACAACAGAGGAAGUGGGCAUGGCCCUGGCAGGGAAGUGCUCUGGCUCCUGUAACCACAUGCCGGCCUUCCUCUCGCUGUUCUUCAUCGUUAUCUCCUUCACUUUUCUCUGUAGCAUUCCAGCGCUUACUGCCACCUUGAGGUGUGUGCCGGACAGCCAGAGGUCUUUUGGAUUAGGAAUCCAGUGGAUCGUGGUGCGCACACUUGGUAGUGUCCCCGGGCCCAUAGCGUUUGGAUCGGUGAUCGACUUAUCCUGCCUGCUGUGGCAGGAUAAGUGUGGUGAGCAGGGCUCCUGCUACCUCUAUCAAAACUCUGCCAUGAGCCAAUACACCCUUGUAACUGGAAUCAUAUAUAAGGUGAUGGGGAUCAUAUUCUUCCUGUUGGCCAGCAUUCUUUACCAGCCCCCCCCAGAGUCCCCCCAGAGCAGCUGUGAGAGCACUGACCAGGGCGCUGGAGAUGUGGGGGACCUACCCAUCAAGGACCUUCCACAAGAUGGUGUCAUUGCCAACCCACAUGCUAGGUUUUGAUCCAAAGACUAUCCCAGACUGCUGCCUUUGUGUUGCACGCAUGGACAUUAUUUUGUUCAAGAUGGGUGUUGGAUGCUUGAUGUUUGAUGCACUCUCUCUCUCUGUGUGUGUGUGUGUGUGUGUGUGUGUGUGUGUGUGUGUGUGUGUGUGUGUGUGUGUGUGUGUGUGUGUGUGUGUGUGUGUGUGUGUGUGUGUGUGUGUGUGUGUGUGUGUGUGUGUGGGGUAACGGUAGUGUCUCAUUAACAGAAUACAAAAAUGAACAACAUUGCAGCACAGCUUUGCAGACUGAAUAGCCUGUUGUGAGUCCUGCUUGUGUUUUCAGUGUACAUUAGGGCCUGUAUUUCCAUUAUUCUUUUUGGUAUGUAAUGUUGAAAUGGAUUCAGAACUGUUCAUUCUCAUUUAUCUUAUGCUGUAUUAGGAUGUGUCGUCUGAAAAGGCAACACAUCCACUGAGACCUGUGCAUUGUAGUCCUUCCAUGUUUGAAGCAUUUUGGAUGUUGGGCAGAAGUAAUGUAUAUCCUUUUCCUAGACACAGACAACAAUGGGCCUUCGGUUAUUUCAAAGGUUGACUGAAGGAAGUUGACUAGAUUGGUAUAAUAUCCUUAUUAUACACAUUAGGUAUGUCAUUACAUCCAUGCCAAACCAAAACUUUGUAAAAACCUUUAUUAGGCUAUAAUAACUUUUCAACACCCAGCAGCACAAAUAUGGUCCGAUAACACACAUAAAAGCACACAUUUUUUUCAUAGCCACUGUGAAACAUGAAAAGUGCGCAUCGUUUUCUGGCGUUUAAAAGCAAUUAAAAAAUUGGGGGACAUUUUAGUUUAGCUUGCUACCAACUAAAGAUCAGUAUGUAUGAUUCUUUAGUAUGAAAAUAAAGUUGUUUAAUGAGGAAAUGCAUAUCUGCACUUUAACCUAGCAAAGUGAACUAUUACAGGAAGUAGGAUAUGUUUUAUAUAUUGGACUGGCCAAGGAUGACCCAGUUGGCUGGCUACUGUUAUUUGGACCUAUUAGUAAAAAAAAGUAGUAUCAUGGACCUCUCAAAUUUGAUGAUUUUUUCCUUCUUACCAACAAAUAGCAUUUUCCUUUAAUAUGCAAUAACACAGUGGUCCAAUGCAUAAUGAUUUUGUCUUAGAUCCAGAGUCCUGAGAUUUAUACCUUGUACAGGCCUACUCCCCUAAGACUGCUCAGUUUCUAAUUAAUGAGGCUUGUGGCUGAGGUAGAUGGCAGAAGAAUGAUGAUCCAGCAUCUACUGAGAACAGCAGUCCUACUUUUUCCAUUUAAUCGUUCUCCCUGACAUCUGAAAAAACAAUUGUUAAAUGUGUUUUGAGUUAUCCAAUUGUUUGUUUUUUAAACAAUGACAAAGUAACCAACUUUUUCAAAAUGUUUCUGAAAAAUAAAAAAAUUCUAUAAACAAAGUUGAACAAUAUAUCUGUGUGUGCCUUGAAUGAAUUUGUGGGCUCACAUUUUAUGUUGCACUGGGAACAGCAAAAAUCAACAAAAGAAAAGGUGACGAUAUAAUAAUAGAAUGAAACAAGAAACAAUUUAAAUCAGGAGAAGCUAUUUCCAAACUAUUUAUUGACAACACAAUUGGCAAUUAGACGCCAUCAAAU